AUGGCCAAGUCUCUUAACACGGUUUUAUGGAGAUUCAAAGGAAAGAAACCAACUGCAUUAGGAGCCAAUACACAGCCCUAUGUUUGGAUAUCCCAGAGUGAUCUUCAUGAUCAUCCCCAGACCAAAGCUUUUAUCACUCAAGGUGACAUAAGUGAGAUCUAUGAAGCUAUUUACCGUGGAGUCCCUGUGAUGGGAGUUCCUAUGUUUGGUGAUCAUCUUGAUAACACCUCUCACAUGAAAGCCAAAGGAGCAGCUGUGCAAGUGAACAUGAAUACAAUUACAAGCACAGUUUUGCUUAGGUCUUUGAGAACAGUUAUUAAUGAUAUUUUUUAUAAAGAGAAUGCUAUGAGAUUAUCGAGAAUUCACCAUGAUCAACCUGUAAAGUCCCUGGAUCGAGCAGUUUUCUGGAUCGAGUUUGUCCUGAGCCACAAAGGAGCCAAGCACCCUCGGCUAGCUGCCCACAACUUCUCCUAGUACCAAUGCUGCUCUUUGGAUGUGAUUGUAUUUUUGCUAGUCUGUGUGGCAAUGACUAUAUUUUUGGUCACAAAACUUUGUUUGGUUUUCUGUCCAAAAUUUGAAGUAUACAUAAACUAUAUUAUUCUAUGUGGUAUUGCAUCUAUAAAGAUGAAGACAAUUUCUUCUCUGGAGGAAAUGGAAGAAUUUGUCCAGAACUCUGAUGAAGGUGGUACUUUUGUGUUUUCUCUGGAGUCAGUUUUGCAAAACCUUACAGAAGAAAAGGUUGAUCUUAUCACUUCAGCCCUGGCUCAGAUUCCACAAAAAGUCAGUACAACUUCUAAUCCUUAUAAGAAGCUAUUCACACAGUGGAAAAAGUAUGGCUUUUCAUUUGGAACUUGA